AAGAGGGAACUCAAACAAAACUUCAUCGGUCCGAUCAAGAGUAUUGAUUAUUUGAAAGCAGGAGAACGCCAACUGACGUCAGAAACUGGUUAUUGAUCAUCCGCAGCUCAGUUAGUCUCUGAUGUUCUCAGUAGAGUUCCCGAUGGCGGCUGCGGCACCAGAUGAUGAUGAGGAUUUAAACUCCCAGAAGCUCCGCAGCAGCCCUAAACUGAUCCGCCCUGACUUUACAGAAGAAGCUCGACCCCUGAAGCGGAGCAGCAGCUGCGAUUGGCUGCCGCCUCAAAUGUCUGAGCUGAGGGUUGUUCUGCUGGGGAACAGCUGGUCUGAGAGGAGUUCAGUGGGGAACUUCAUACUGGGAGUGACUGUUUUCGACACUGAGGAAGAACCAGACUGCUGUCAGAGAGUCAGUGGACAGCUGAAGGAGAAACACGUUGUCCUCGUCAACACCCCGGAUCUGCUUCACCCCGACAUCUCUGAACACAAACUGACAGAACAUCUGGAUUACUGUGUGAAACUCUCUGAUCCUGGACCUCAUGUGUUCCUGCUGGUUCUACAGCCUGAAGACUUCACUGAGGAACAGAAACUGAAGCUCUGCAGAGUCCUGAAACUCUUCAGUGAUCAAUCAUUUGAUCAUUCACUGCUGCUGAUAUCAACAGCCAGAGAGGAGAGGGCCGGCGCCACGGAGAGAGAUGCACCAGAUCAGCCCAUAAAAGACAUGAUCAGAAGGUGCAGGUACAGAUACUUGAAGCGAGAGAGCCUCGAACAUCCGGAGCUGUUAACACGCUUGGGUCAAAUCGUAAAGGAGAACAAUGGACACGUGAGCUGUGAUGUUUUUGAGGAUGCGGCACCAGGUUUAACUUGUGAUCAGGAAAACCUGAAACAAGGGGAAGGAACCAGUUUUAAACUGGCUGCUACAAAAGCUGUUGAGCGGAAAGCUGUCAGGGAAUAUACCCUGUCCAGCCGGUGUGAAUUCAGGAUCGUGAUGAUCGGGAAAAGUGAGGACAAAAAGAAAACGCUAUGCAACUUAAUCACUGGCAGCAAACAGUUUAAAUCUUUAACAGUCAAACCACACAAGCAGUGUGAGGCUGCCAGUGGAGAGUGGAGAGGAAAACCAUUAACAGUGGUGAAAGCUCCAGACAUGUUCAGUCUGUCUGUGGAAGCAGUGAUAGAAGAGGUGAAGAAGUGUGAGACUCUUUGUUCUCCUGGACCAAAUGUUCUGCUGCUGUUAGUGAAACCUUCUGAUUUCACUGAGGAGAACAGACGAACACUGAAGUUCAUCCUGAGUCUGUUUGGUCCAGAUGCUUUUAAACACUCGAUGGUCGUCAUGACAGAGAAGAAGAGAGGAACACAACACACUGUCAACAAGCUGCUUCGAGACUGUGGAGGAAGACUCUACAACAUGUCUGAAGAUAAACACCAACUGUUGAUGCAGAAGAUUGAGAAGAUUGUGCGUGAAAACAAAGAAACCUUCCUCACCUUCUCUGAAGAGCCUGAACACAUGAAACCAGCUUUAAACCUGGUUCUGUGUGGGAGGAGAGGAGCAGGGAAGACUUCAGCAGCCGAGGCCAUUUUAGGUCAGACAGAGCUUCAUUCAGUCUCCAGCUCAUCAGAGUGUGUUAAACAUCAGGGAGAGGUGAGAGGACGUCAGGUUUCCCUGCUGGAGCUUCCUGCCUUGUAUGGAAAACCUCAGGAGGAAGUGAUGAAGGAAUCACUCAGGUGUAUCUCCCUCUGUGAUCCUGAGGGCGUCCAUGCCUUCAUCCUGGUCCUACCUGUGGGUCCCCUCACUGAUGACGACAAGGGAGAGUUAGAGACCAUCCAGAACUCAUUCAGCUCUCCAGUCAAUGACUUCACCAUGAUUCUGUUCACUGUGGAGUCAGAUCCUGCAGCUCCAGCUGUUGUUGACUUUAUAAGAAAGAACAGAGACAUCCAGGAGCUGCUUCAGAGCUGUGGAGGAAGAUCUGUUGUUGUCAACGUCAAGAAGAAACAUCAGAUCUCUGAGGUGUUGGAGGCUGUGGAAAAAAUAAGACUCUAUACAAAUGAAUCAUCCGGCUACACAGCUGAAACAUUUGCACUUGCCCAAAUAGGGAAGAUCAUACAACAAGAGACACACAUCACUGAACUACAGGCUGAAAUCGAGGCCCGGGAAACAAAAGAAAUAACUCACAGCCCAGAGUGUCUCAGGAUCGUGCUGAUAGGAAAGACUGGAAGUGGAAAGAGUUCUUCAGGAAACACCAUUCUGGGAAGAGAGGAGUUCAAAUCUGCACUGAGUCAAACAUCAGUCACCAAGUUUUGUCAGAAAGCACAGAGUGAAGUGGACGGUCGUCCCGUUGUUGUGGUCGACACUCCCGGUCUGUUUGACACGACCUUGACUCAUGAAGAGGUGAAUGAGGAGAUGGUGAAGUGCAUCAGUCUUCUGGCUCCAGGACCACAUGUCUUCCUGUUGGUGUUACAGAUCGGCAGAUUCACACCAGAGGAGAAGGAGACGCUGAAACUCAUCAAGGAAGUCUUUGGGAAGAAUUCAGAGUCGUUCACCAUCAUUCUGUUCACAAGAGGAGACUCACUAGAACGUGAGAAUCUGAAGAUUGAAGAAUACAUCAACAACUGCGAUGAUUCCUUUAAGAAGCUGAUCUCUGACUGUGGAGGAAGAUACCAUGUGUUUAACAACUAUGAAAAACACAAUCGUACACAAGUCAGUGAGCUGAUAAACAGGAUCGACACCAUGCUGAAGAGAAAUGGAGGCAGCUGCUACACCAACGCGAUGCUGCAAGAGGCUGAAGCAGCGAUACAGAAGGAAAUGAAGAGGAUCCUGAAGGAGAAGGAGGAGAUGAAGAGAGAGAGGGAGGAACUAGAAAGAAAACAUGAGGAAGAAAAGGAAGUCAUGAAAAGAAGAAUGGAAGAAGAGAGAGCAAAAACUGAACAAGAGAGAAAACUGAGGGAUGGACAACUCAAGGAUAUGGAGGAGAAGAUAAAGAAGGAGCGUGAGCAGACACAGAAAGAACAGGAGAAGAGAGAAGAAGAAGACAGGAAGAAGAAACAACAGGAAGAAACUCAACGACAGGAGUGGGAACAAAAAAUUAAAGACCUGAAGAGCAAAAUAAGAUCUGAAGCAGAAUCAAAGGAAAUCUUUGACAGAAAGCUGAAGGAAACUAAAGAGGUGAUGAAAACACAACAGGAGGACUGGGAGAGGGAACGAAAUGAGUGGUGGGAAAAACGAAAACAAGAAGAUGAACAGAGACGACGGGAGGAACAAAGACUUAGAAAGCUCCAAGAAGAAUAUGAGCGAGAGAGAGUUAGAUCUGAAAACAAGAGAGAAGAAGAGGACAGAAUGAGAAGAGAGCAGGAAGAGAAACUUAAAGAGAUAGACAGAAAAUAUAAAACAGAAAUAGAGAAAAUGAAGAAGAAGUAUGAGGAGGAGGCCAGAAAACAAGCUGAAGAAUUCAAUGAGUUCAGAGAGAAAACGGAGGAGAACUUUGCAGCUCUGAUAGACAAACACAUGGAGGAAGUGAUGGAUCUGAAGCAACAACAUGAGAAACACAUGCAGGAGAAACAGGAGGAAUAUAAAAACUUAAUGGAUCUCUCAGAACACAAAGAAAAGACUCUGAAACAAGGUAUGGACGAACUGCAGGACAAACACAAACAAGAGAUGACCGACUUGAUUCUGCUUCUUCUGACCCGAAAGAAAGAAAACAGGAGCAAAAUAAGUUCAAUGCAGAAAACACACAGAAAAGAGAUGGAGAACCUUAUGAAAGAGCUUUCAAACGAAAACAGGAGAGAAGAGAAGGAACAACUGGACGAAUUCAAGAAAAGACACAAAGAAGAAAUGAAAUCCUUGGACAGAGAACUUCAGAACCAAAGUAAAGAAGAGAAGAAGAGGAGAAGGACCAAGCUGUCCAUCGAGCAUGACCAAGAAAUCAAUGAGUGGAGACUGAUAAUUAUGAACCAACAGCAUCAAAAGCAGAAGGAAGAAGUGGACGAACUACAGAAAGACCAUGAGCAGAAACUGAAUAAAUUCAAACAGAAACUUGUGGAAGAAAAUAAAAGAAACGAGAAAGAAAAAAUGGACGAGCUGCAGAAGAAACACGAAGAAGAGAUAAAAGAGUUGAAAAAGCAAAUCACGACGCCAGAUGAAGACGGUGACAGUGAAGAGCUGGAGGACCUGCAGAAGAAACAUGAAAGAGAAAUGAAUGAAUUGAAAGAGAAACUUCUGGCCCCAGAGAAGCAGGAGGGACCCUGUAACAUCUCAUGAGCAAAACCACCGAGGGUCCGAGCUGCUGCGUCCAGGUCCAGGAGAGAAAACAGGCCCCGUUUUUACUUCAGUGCAUUUAUCAGAACUGUAAUUAUACUGAGGUUAACGAGCACAGGAGUUCAUAUACAUAUAUAUCCUUUGUUUGAGACAUUUGUUUUAGAUGAGAUAUUGUUUAUAUCCUUUGAGUUAUGUCUAUGAGAUAAAACCCUGAAAGCUGUACGUCAGGCAAAGUCUUGUAUUUACGUUAACCAGUAUUUUUCUUCAAAUAGGAUUCUGAUAGACGCUGAUGAAGGAAUCCGUUUUGAUUGUUUAUUUAAACGGCCUCAUUGAGCUUGAGAAUAUAAGGGGAAUAAUCGAAUAAACUAAAAAUGUAGAGAAUUAAAACAGGAAGUCUGUCGCAACCUGAAUCUGGUACAAAGAAGUGGAGGGUGGAACAGGCGGCCGCAGCCUCCAGCUUCCUCAUUGUUAAGAUUUAAGUAAAAAAAGAUGGACACUCUACAAUUGGAUUUUGAAUUCUUGGUCUCUUCUCUGAUAAAGAGAAACUCCUCGGCUGAGAUUUUAGUCUGAUUCUAUGGCUGCUUUCUGCCAAGGAUAAGAAUGUAAACUGUUAUAUUGCUGAUGAGCCGUGGUUGAUUUUAUGUGAGUGUAUAAUGCUGAAUAACAGACUAUGCAUCGUUAACUGUUCUCUAAGCUCUGAUAAUACUUCUGUACUUUCAUUCAAGCACAAUGUUUAACACGGAACUUUUUAGCUGUAAUGGAGUAUUUUCACAUGAAUGUGUUGUUCUCAUGUUCACCACAGGGUGGCAGUGUCUGCAAAUGUAACCCAUCACAGGAGCCUCAGGUGUCCGGUGUCCGGUGUCAGGUGUCAGGUGUCAGGUGUCCGGUGUC